CAGCAAAAUAACAAAAAUGUCACAUUCAUUAUCAAGAUAGGUUACAAAAUCAUAAAACAACUUAUUAAAAUGCCUUAAAUUCAUUAAGAUGUUUCAGCAAAUUUAAACAAAUAAACGCCAGAACCACUUUUACACGUAAAUUAGGUGCAAAAGGUUUCAUCAUGGAGGAAAUUCUUUAGCCAGGAAUCAGAAAGACAUCAAUUUUUAUAAAAGGUGCAGAGCGUUAGUGCUUUAAGCUGCGCUACUGCUAUUUGGAGCUAUUUUAAUGGUCUGUCUGUAUACCCUGGUCGGUUUUGCAGCAUUCUGUAGCUCAUUUUAUAAUGGUUAAUUGAGCUAAGUUGAUAAUGAACGAAGAAUACGAUUAACACUAUUUCAAACGACUUCAGAGAAAAAGUCAAGUAAUUGCCUUCCUACAAUUUGAGAUUACUUUUAAUUAAAAUUAAAAUGUCAUUUGUAACCAUGUCUCGGUUCGUUAUGCGGAUUGCCGACUAUCUGACCUCGUCGGAUGAUAAGAAAAUGCCCAUAAAAAUCAGUCGUGUGUUACAUUUCAAUGAUAUCAAAAAAGAAUAAACUGCAAGUCAUUAAUUAAAAUAGUAUAUAAAGAUUUCUGAACAAAUGAGACAGACAUGGACAAGUAAUAAUGGCACACAGAUCAUUAAAUACAAUAUGUUGUUGAUAAUCUGGAUAACAAAACUGAACCCUAUAACACUGCUCUAAAUAGUUUAUAGAACACAUUGACUAAAUAAAAAGGAUUGAAACAAAUGGAUACCCAUGUAACAUAACAGGUGGCACUAUCUCUACUAUAUCCGGCGUAAUAAAAAUUCAAAGAAGUUGAGGAAUUAAUUGGAAACCUCCUGUUGUCUAUAUAGACAACAGGUCUUCCAAGAUGAACCACACGCACCCGGCCGCAUCGGCCGACCCUAAGGCAAUGUGCCAUGGAAUGCAUUCUGCACAAGCAGAGAGGAAAGGAGAUUCAAAUGAAUGUGUAAUCAACAAUUACGAUUUUGAAGAAAUGUCUAUUGACCCAGGAACCUACGGAGGGUAUGGGGGAUCUGAAUGGCCCCAUUGUGAUCAUGAUACACAGCACCAUACAUCUUGUCCACACUAUACGAAUAUGAAUAGUGGGAUUACUGAAGCAUCAAACUUUAAUAGAAAUAGUACUUGUACUUGUUUUCAAACAUCUAAAAACGUUCCAAACCAAAUUUGCCAAGAAAAAAAACCCAAGCCUCCUUGCCAACAAACACUGUUACAACAGGCUAUGGAAUACCUAUAUUCACUUGUUUUUAGCCAUAGAAGCCAGUGUGACCGUUGUAACCCAAAACCGAUAUGUCCACGUUGCCAAGCGCUACAUUCAAAUGGUCAACAGCCUUGUCCAGCUGGCAAGCCUCAAAAGGCUCAAAAGUCAUGGCUAGGUUCCAAAUUUAAAAAGUCACAGCCAUGUCCCAGUGAUACACCACCAUGUCCCGAUCCUACACCGCCAUGUCCCGAUGAUACAUCGUCUAGUGAUGAUACACCGACAUGUCCUAAUCCGAAGUGUCCCAACGCUCCACCGACAUGUCCCAAUGGUAAACCGAAAUGUCCCAACGUUACACCGACAUGUCCCAAUCCGAAAUGUCCCAACGCUUCAUCGACAUGUCCCAAUCCGAAAUGUCCCAACGCUCCACCGACAUGUCCUAAUGCUACUCCGAAAUGUCCCAACGCUCCACCGACAUGUCCCAAUCCGAAAUGUCCCAAUGCUACACCGACAUGUCCCAAUGAGACUCCAAAACGUGUCAGCGCUCCACCGAAAUGUCCCAAACCUCCACCAUGUUCAAGUACCAAACCGCCAUGUCAGAAUUGCCCAGCUGCAAAAUCAGACGAUGAUGAUCUGGAUUCUAAAGAUUCCUAUUGUUGUAAAGAGUCUCUAUUCGAAAUGGCAAAAUCAUACCUUCAAAAAAUUAUGAAUUCCCACCAGAACGCAUGUCCACAUUGCAAGCAACAACAACAACAACUAGCAUGUUGUUAUGCUAAGGAAUUGCUCACAUAUUUGCGAGAAAUUAUUGAACAAGCUUGGAUUUAUACUAAAAAGUAUUACGAACAGGUUUGUCAACAAGAGCUUGAGCCCGCUCCAACCAAUACAUCGUGCUCUUGUAAUGGGCAAAAUGGAAGCGCAAAGGCAAAGAAACCACCAUGCCCACCACCACCGUGCCCGCCACCAGUACGUUGUCCUGUAUGCUUUCCAGAACCCGAAGAGGAUGAUGACGAGGCAGACCGAGGCUUCACUCCUUGUUGUUUACAUAAUUCUAAAGGUGUACAGCCUCAUCAUAAAUCUGAAUCUCAUAACAAGUCGUGUUGCUUAUCUCGGAAGUUUCAGUCACUUUCAGAACCAUAUGACGCUGAUAUAGAACCUGAGUUAAGCGUAUGUUCUUUAGACAAAGAUUCUUCUCAGAAUCUGCAUGAUCGCAAUGUUAUGGGAUUGCUUUCAUCAAACCAUCGCAGACCUUGUAAAACUUGCUGUAAGCAUUGUACAGACGAAAUAGAAGAUAAAGAUGAAUGUCAAAAAGAAAAUAAAAAUGAAAAUAAAUGCGAAAAGAAAUGCGUAAAUGGAAAUGGUAGUAAAAAUGGAAAUGGAUGUGGAAACGAAAAUGAAAAUGAUAGUAAAAAUGGAAGUGAAUGUGAAAACGAAAAUGGAAACGGAAACACAAAACGUAAAUUAGGUUUGAGUUUGAGUAUGGAACCUAAUGACCAUAGAUUCUGCCAAAACCCUAAUGAGUGUAAGCAUUCAAAGGAAUCUCUUAAUAUUGAGGAAGAGUCAGAAAAAGAUGGUUGCGAUGAGGAGAAGCCACCUGAGUGUCCUACUAAUGAACAAGCAGAGCAGGCUGAUAUGCCAUGUACUGGAGGUUGUGAAAAGUGUAAUACACCAAAAGCGAUUCCAACGAAAUGCGAACGCCGCAUGCCUGACGAUGAAUAUAAAAAAUUUUUGGACGACCAGUUGCGAAAGAUAGAAAAGCGUCUGGCCGACAAAGGAACAUUGUGUCGGUCCAAUUGCAAUUGCAUGACUUGUGUCGUGGAUAAUAAUUGUAAGUCAGGUGCAAAUAGAACAGAUGAAAAAGAUGAAGAAAAAUAUUAUUAUUUUUGAUCGAGAAAUACAAUUGCUCCUACAGGAAUUCGAUAGAUUAUUAAAGGAAGAAAAAAUUAAACAAAAACGCUUUAUUUU